AUAGAUAUUAGAUAUCCAUAUACAAAAUCCGUUGAUUCAUGCUUUGCCUCGAACCAAAACUAACUUCAGUUGUGUACCGGCAGACGUAUACGCAAGAUAUUUGCUGAUUUUGUGUUUACUUUACGUACUUUUUCACCAAGAUUUCCAAGAUAUCCCAAAUACAGUCUUGCACACUCCAAUCCAGUAACUGCCAAAAUUACUGCUACAGAGACGAAUUUAUAGACUUCCGAUAAAUCAUAAUACUGUAACAAUAUUUCAGAUCACCAAAUUAAGAUAAAGGAAACGCAGUAAUCUAUGCUAGAUAGUUCUUAUCUAUCCAUUAAUAACUUGUUAACGUGACUUGAGAGUGUUAAUACAUAUCAAGACAAAAUAAGCAGUAUAGCUGCAACUUCAUUAUCAUGUCAUCGACACAGAUAAACAAAGUAUUAGAGGUCUACAAAAAGUUGUAUCGAAUCCCAAGUAUAGCAUCUGCAAAAAUUAUACCCUCAGCCAAAAAUGAAAUUAAAGUACAAAGUAUUUGGUCCGAAAGAAAUUUAGAAAGGCGAACAAAACAAAAAUUUUUUCAGGAGUUUAGUCUCAACGGUGAUAAGAGUUUUCCAAUCGACAUCUCUACUGAACUUUUAUCAGCCACCUCUGAUGAUGAAAAUUUGAAAGCAGUGUUAAGAGACGUUAACGUUGAUGGGAAAUCAAAGCAAUUCAUAGAAAUCUGGGACAAUCAACAUGUUAGUAAAUCAUACGAUAUAUCUGCUUUUGAAUUACAUGGCGACAUUUACGUAGAACCCACGUUUAGUGCAUUUUCUUGGUCACCUGACAAUAGAAAAUUAUUGUAUGUUGCCGAAAAGAAAUUACCAAAAUCUGAGCCUUUUUAUAAGCAAAAAUCGAAACCUAAAACUGAUAAACCUACUGAAGAAGAAGAGCCCACCAAGGGUACAGAAUAUGUGUACAAACCAGACUGGGGUGAACAAUUAGUCGGCAAGCAUAAGUCCGUUGUUGUUAUUUUAAAUGUUGAAGACGAUAGUAUUGUGCCAAUAAGCACUAUUCCAGAAGAUUAUUUUCCCGCGCAAGUCAUUUGGGCUCCAAAUGGCGAGGAUAUAAUUGGAGUUGCUUACAAACUAAAAACAAGAUAUCUUGGUUUAUAUGCUUGCACUAAUAGGGAAUCCUACAUCUUUCACUUGAAAGGAACAGAAUUUCGAAGAUUAACGACCGAGGGUGUUCACUGUAUAUCGCCACGGCUAAGCCCAGAUGGAAAACAUCUUAUUUGGCUCGAACGAAAUCUAAGUGCUGCACAUCACAAUGUCCAAAGGCUUAUGCACCUGAAAUGGGAAAGCUCUAGUAAUGCAGAAGUAUUGAUCGAUACAGUAAAAAAAGAAGUGAAAAUCGCCAACAAUAAGAAGUUUUAUGGUCUUUAUAAUCAAAGUCUUCCUAAACGUUGUUGGAGUGAUGAUUCGAAUUACGCAUUUCUUAGUACGCCUCAAAGAUCUAAUAUUCGGUCGUACGUCGUCAAUUUAGAAACAAAAGUAAUUACCGAAAUAGAUAACAGAGAUGGCAGCAGUUUAGUUGUUGCAGAUGUUAAACAGAAUUAUAUUGCUUUUAUAAAACACUCUCUUAUAAGUCCUCACCAAUUAGUCAUUGGAAAGUUUGAACCUAAAGUGGAGAAUUUUGGAGACAUUACUUUAAAUGGAUUGUCGAAACCAAUGGAUGUUCUGGGUAAAGAUAUUAUGUAUGAACAUACAGAAUUUAUUUACGAUAACAACGAUCCAGUUAAGGAUUUCAAUUUUACAUAUCUUGGAAAAAAAAAUGAACCAAAUCAAUCGGUACCAUUGAUCGCCGUAGGUCAUGGUGGACCUCAUGUUUCCUACUGUAAUAUGUUCCAUGUUGAUUACGCGCUAUACGCAACUCUAGGUUUUGGAAUCUUGCAAAUAAAUUAUCGUGGUUCGACUGGUUUGGGUGGUGAUAAUGUUGAUUACCUUCUUGGCAAAGUGGGCGAAGUUGAUGUUAUCGACUGUAUGACAGCAAUCAAUUUAUCUUUAGCAAAAUACCCAUGGAUAGAUCCAAAAAGAGUCAAUGCUUACGGCGGAUCCCAUGGUGGUUUCUUAGCAGCUCAUCUUAGCGGACAAUAUCCGGAUAAAUUUAAAUCAGUAAUAUUGUUAAAUGCAGUAGUUGAUCUUGCUUCAAUGUUUACAAUAACAGACAUUCCCGAUUGGUGCCGCGCUGAAUGUGGUUAUUCUUUCCUGGAAGAACUUCCCAAAGAAAACGAUGGAAACUAUAAUGAUAUAAUGACAAAAAUGCUGAAGCACUCGCCUAUUAUUCACGUGGACCGCGUAAAAGCACCUACACUGAUAGCUCUUGGAUCAAAAGAUUUACGUGUUCCAGCAUCCCAAGGUAAACAGUGGUACUAUAGACUUGCAGCUAACAAAGUGGAAACUAAAUUAUUCAUGUAUGAAGAUAACCAUUCAUUGAGGAAAGAUGAAGUCGAAAUUGACAACGUCAUUAAUACAGCUCUUUGGCUAUUAGAGCAUAAUGAUAAAUGAUUGAUAGAAGAUUGAAAUACAAAUAAAAAAAUUAAGAAUCUAAUACAUUAUAAAUUUCAAGUACUAAAUAUUGGUUAAACAUUAAUUUUGUAUAAAGUUAGAACGGCGCUGUUCAAUUCGAAUUUUGAAUGUGUAUGAACAAAAUACAGGCAAUAAAUAUCAAAAAUUUCCAUUUUCACAUA